AUGAAAAGUCUAGCAAGAAGCUACGUGUGGUGGCCAAACAUGGAUAACGAUUUGGAAAACAAAGUACGAACGUGCAACAACUGCCGGAUAAAUAGAAAGAAUCCUCCUGAAGCGCCACUGCACCCGUGGGAAUGGCCAAGUCGACCAUGGGAAAGAAUUCAUAUUGACUAUGCUGGUCCAUUCUUGGGGAAAAUGUUCCUCGUCAUGGUCGAUGCGUACUCAAGAUGGCUCGAAGUGCAUCCAACGAAUGUGGCAACAUCGAGAGCAACAACUGAAAAACUUCGAUCAACAUUUGCAAUCCACGGCCUUCCUACAACAAUCGUUAGUGAUAACGGUAGUAAUUUUUGCAGCGAAGAAUUCGAGGAAUUUCUGGCGAAAAACGGCAUUCAUCACAGAAGGAUGCUCCUUAUCAUCCAGCCUCCAACGGACUUGCAGAAAGGGCGGUCCAGACGUUCAAGGAAGGGAUGA